UUAUGGACCCAUUGACUGGAUGGAAAUUCUUUGCAUCACCAACAGAGAUUUCGUAUCUCAUGGCUAAAUGUGGUCAAAACGAAUCUGAACAAGAGAAAGGGGCAGAUGGAUCAAAGACUGACCAAAUGUGUUUGAAGCCAGAGAGUUCUGAAAAUCUGGAAACAACAAAGGAGAACAAUUUCUCGUCUGAAAUGGAGAAUAGGAACAAAAAUGUUUAUAUUGAACGGAAGAAACCAGAUGGGUUACCUCCUGGUUGGACAAAAGAAAUCAAAGUUACAACAACAAACACAGGACGUGUGAGAAAAGAUCCGUACUACACGGAUCCUGCAACUGAAUAUGUGUUCCGUUCCAAAAAAGAUGCACUGCGUUACCUGGAAACUGAAGAUAUCUAUCAAUGUAUUAUGACUCCAAGGAAGAGGGAUGAACUAAAGUUUCUAACUGAUGAGACCUUGGCAAUAGAUGAAGAGGAUAUAAAUUCUACAAAGCUAAAGGAUUACCCAAAUCAAGAAACAAAAGUGGGGAACACUUUCACUUCUGAACAGAAUGAAAUAGUCUUUGACGACGAUUCGCAGGAAAAGGUCUUUCUUCUUGCCUAAAAUAUCUGCCAGAAC